CUAGUGGAAACCCUGAAGGAGCCCCAGCUAGUCGCUGCUUCCUCACCUGUGCGGUCGGAUCUGGUUACAUUCACCUGGCGGCUCAGGGUAGAUAGCGAGACGCCCCACAGUAGCACGGUUUAACCAGUACACAGGGGUGCUGCUUUUUCCAUCUUUAUAUUUUUCAUCUUAGAGUGGAACAGUAGAAAUGACCGAUCUCACUCAGAAGCGAACAAUCGGAUGAUAUGAGAGGCGGGAAGUAAUGUCCCUUUGCCGGUGUCAUGGGGACAGAGCGCGAGCUGACGAGCGGAGAUGACAGAGAUGGCAAUGCCGGAGACACUGCCAGUGUUAAGGAUGUGACUGUGGAGGUGGCCACGGUUGACCACACCCUCCAGAGGCUGUGUACGAGGUACAACGGCCGCAGCAGAGCCAGACGUAUGUCACGCAUCAGGACCCAGCUGCCCAGGAAGAGCUGGGCUCCUCUGUGGAACCUCCAGAACCUGACCAUCCUCAUCACCGUGGUUGUAUUUGUGGUCGUGGUCAUCGUGUGGUCACUGCUCUGGGUCUUCAUAUUUCGCAGGGAGAGCAACAGCGGAGUGUAUUUUGCCGGAAUGUUCCGUGUUGCCAACGUAGAUUUCAUCCCCGAGUACCGCCAGGCAGAGUCCCAUGAGUUUGUUUCCAUGGCAAACAAGAUACAGCACGUGGUGAGCAGUGUGUACAGAAUGUCCUCAGUUUCCAAACUCUACAAACUCACCGCCAUAUCAGACCUCAGUGAUAACAAGGGUGGUCUGCUGGUGCAUUUCUGGAUGGUGUUUGUGGUGCCGAGACUGAAGACCCCAGCCGUGUGUGAGGAGUGUGUAGGAGCUAUCCUCAGAGACUCAGUCCUCACCAGCCUGAGGAACAGGUCUUCUGUAGGGUACCUACUGGGCCUGCCCGUAGACAUAGAUUCCAUACUCGUUAAUGCUGCUCUACGAUCAGAUUAUACAUCAAUUGCAGCGGGCUCUCAGUGUGUGGACAAGCUGUAUGCCAGCCUGCCAGGCUCCAGUGUUCCCCUAAACGUCUACUCGUCAUGGGGAGGUCUGAGCUGCUACAUCAAGCUGACGUCUACCCCUGGCUCUCUGAUCCGCCUCACCAUUACCUCCCUGCACAUUGAGCCCAGCGACUGUGUCAGUGAUGCCCUCACCAUGUACGACGCCCUGCUGCCCAUGAGGGGGCGUACUCUCUACAGGGUGUGUGAGCCCGUGUCCCAGUCCCUGUCUCUGGUCUCCACGUCCAACGUCAUGCUGCUGUCCCUCAGGAUGACCCAGGGCAACAAGCACUUCAGAGGACACUUCCAGGCCAUCGCUGAGGAACUGACUUACGUAGAGAUCCAGGCAGAGCCAGAUUUCUCCAGUCAGAUCACCAGUCCCUUCUACCCCAGUCUGCUGCCUCCUCAGUGCUCCUUCAUAUGGAGGUUUCAGACCCCCCACAUUGCUCUGGGAGUGGCUCUGAAGUUCCACAAUUAUGUGCUGAAGCUGAAGGACAUAGCGGCCUGUGAGCACGGCUGGUGGAAGGUCAAGGAGAUCAUAUACUGUGGAAGCUACAUAGGCCACACCACAGUGUUCCGUAUCCCUGACACCACCGCUGAGGUGGAGUUUCGCAGCAGCUCCCGGAGCUCUGAUCAACCCUUCCAGGCCGAAUCUAGUAGCUUCAACAUCAGCCAACCGUGUGCAGAGGGCCAUUUCCUGUGCUCCACAGGGCUGUGUGUGGAGAAGACCCGACGCUGUGACGGCCUGGAUGACUGUCAGGACGAGAGUGAUGAGGUCUUCUGUGCAAGGCCUAGUAAGAACUGUGGAGGCUCCAGUCCUCUUCACCCACUGUACAUGUGCAACGGAGAGAGAGACUGCAAUGACGGCAGGGACGAAACCAACUGCACUCUGGAGACGAACUGCUCUGACAUCAGGUACAGGUGUAACAGUGGGUCCUGCAUCUUGAAGAAGAACGCCAGGUGUGAUGGAGUCACCGACUGCUCAGACCACAGUGACGAGAGGGACUGUGCCUGUGGCCGGUCCUCUACUGUGAAGAAAGUAGACUCGACCUCGGGUCUUCGGGUGGUCGGUGGAAGCAAUGCCCUGGAGGGGGAGUGGCCAUGGCAGGUCAGCUUGCACUUCUCUGGCUACCUGUACUGUGGAGCCUCUGUCCUCUCUUCUGAUUGGCUCAUCUCAGCAGCACACUGCUUCAGCAGGGACAGGCUGUCAGACCCGCGCCAGUGGAGUGCCCAUCUGGGUAUGCUGUACCAGGGUAGUGCCAGGCACGUGGCAGAGAUCCAGCGCAUCGUUGUGCACGAGUACUACAACAGGCUGACCUUUGACUACGACAUCGCCCUGCUGCAGCUGAGGAGCCCCUGGCCUCCCUCCCUCAGCUUCCUCAUCCAGCCCGUGUGUCUGCCGGCCACCUCACAGACCCUCACACAUGCACACCGCUGCUGGGUCACAGGAUGGGGGUACCGCUCUGAGGAGGAUAAGACCCUUCCCACAGUGUUACAGAAGGCAGAGGUUUCUGUCCUGGAUCAGAGUGAGUGUAAGAGGAGGUACGGCCCCGUCUCGCCCCGCAUGCUGUGUGCCGGAGUCCCCUCUGGACAGCGGGACGCCUGUAGGGGGGACUCAGGGGGUCCUCUGUCGUGCUGGGCCCCAGGCUCAGAGGGGCGAUGGUUCCUCACAGGAAUCGUGAGUUGGGGGGCGGGGUGCGGCAGACCAAACCUACCAGGCGUCUACACCCGUGUCAACAAGUUCACCACCUGGAUCCAGAGCCACAUCGUCACCUGA